AUGUUCAUAGUGGACUACGCUAAACGAGCGUACCGCAAGCUGCGACACUUUCGCAUCACCUUCAUCGUCGUGCACUACUUCAUCAUCAUUGGCUCGGCCAUUUUCGGCACUUUUCUAUUCUACCCCGCCAAAACUACAAAAUACAUCGAUGCCCUGUUUCAGUGUGCCUGCGCUGCGACACAGGCAGGCCUCAACACCGUCGAUCUCAACUCGCUCAAGCUGUGGCAGCAGAUGGUGCUCUACUGCAUUUCCAUGUGGACGAAUCCGAUUGUGAUUCACUCAGGAGUCGUGUUUAUGCGUCUGCACUGGUUCGAGAAAUCGUUCAAGGACAUCAAGAACCAGUCCAAACUGCAGUCAAAGCUGCGAAGAACAGCCACGACGUUAGCUCGACAAGACACACUCGAGAACGGACUGUUUCAACGCCCUCCUCUGCGACACCAGAACCCAGGAGUGGCCGGCCUGAACAGCAACAUCAACAACGACAGUAGCGACGAAACGCCUCACAAGGAAGGUCACAACAACGACAACCCCAACCUCAACAAGGAAAUCACAUUCGGAAAUCUACCGCAGCCAAAACGAACGCACUCCGUUGAGCCUGAAGAUAUGUACCGGUCCAUCAACUUGCUGUCCCAUGAACACCCUGAAGGACAGAGUGAUAGUGAUGACGACGGACCUGCUCUGGUCAUCAGAGGCCCUCGUGACCGCCCUGACCGAGACGACGACGAAGAGGACUCACCUGAGAUCGAGAGAGCUCCACGAGCAAUUUCGUUCUCGACUCAGGAACACCCACGUGCUCAGAAGUCUGCUCUGGAACAGUUCAAGGAGGAAAUGCGUGAGUCACAACGACAACUGGACGCUGAGCAUGCUAUUGAUGAGGGUGAGUCGUCAGACGCUACCCAGCCCACCUCCAUCAAGCGAGAAGACAUGUAUUACCGACAGCAUCCGGAUUCCGACUCUUCAGAAGGAGAUACGGUGAAAAAGGUGCGUUCCAACGUGACCGUUCACAGACCGUCUCCUGAAGAUGACGACUUUGCCGGCACCCAACCCAUGAACCGACGUGCAUUUACCCUUGACGGCGACAACACUGAAGAGAAGAACCAUGAAGGAGCCUUUGCACACUUUAAACGGUCUCUUACAUUUGAUCGGUUUCUUUCUAAUCGACGACGCGGCUCAGACGCCGCUUCUUCCAGUGGUGCCACCUCCAACGCCGAUCUCAACAAGACCAUGUCGUCCAACUACCUGUCUUGGAGUCCCACAGUUGGUCGUAACUCUGCAUUUGUUGAUCUGACAGAGGAGCAAAAGGAGGAGCUGGGAGGAAUCGAGUAUCGGGCUCUCAAGGUACUGUCCAAGGUGCUGGUUGCCUACUUCGUCGGCUUCCAUCUCAUGUGCGCCAUCAUGCUGCUGCCCUGGGCCAUCUACAUGCCCAAGUACAGAGACUACGUGUACUCGUGUGGAGUGACGCCGACGUGGUGGGCAUUUUUCACCGCUCAGUCGACCUUCAACGAUGUGGGUUUCACUCUAACCCCGGACUCCAUGGGAUCUUAUCAGGAAGCCAUUUAUGUUCUGUUGACCAUGUCCUUCUUCAUUGUCAUCGGUAACACGGGCUUCCCUGUUCUACUUCGGUUCAUCAUCUGGAUCAUGUUCAAGCUCUCACCUCGAGACUCCUCACUCAAGGAGUGUACCGGUUUCCUGCUUGAUCAUCCUCGACGAUGUUUCACCAUGCUGUUCCCUUCCACUGCCACCUGGUGGUUGUUUGCAACACUGGUGAUUCUGAACUCUGUCGACCUCGUCUUCUUCAUCAUUCUGGACUUCAACGCACCUGCAGUCACCGAGAUGAGGCCCGGUUACAGGGUUGUAUCAGGCUUGUUCCAGGCCUUCUCUACUCGAACAGCCGGUUUCACCUCUGUCUCUAUUGCCGAACUCCAUCCGUCCAUCCAGGUAUCGUACAUGAUCAUGAUGUACAUUGCCAUUCUGCCCAUUGCCAUCUCGAUUCGACGAACUAACGUUUACGAGGAACAGUCUCUGGGUAUUUAUGGAGGGGGAGACGAAGAGAGUGAGUACGACCAGGCCCCUACGGCUGAUGAGGAGGCAGAGAACGAGGAGAACGACCCCGAGCAUCUCUACAAGGGCAAGAAGAAGAAGCAUCCGUCGUAUGUCACAGCCCACCUGCGUGCCCAGCUUGGUUACGAUUUGUGGUACAUCUUCUUAGGGCUCUUUAUUAUCUGUAUCUGUGAAGGCACCAAGAUCAAGGACGUUACGGAUCUCGGUUUUACUGGCUUCACUGUGCUUUUCGAGGUUGUCUCUGCAUACGGUACGGUCGGCAUGUCCAUGGGCUACGAUGAUGUGAACACGUCCUUGUCCGGCAAGUUUAGCACCAUCUCAAAGCUCAUUAUCAUUGCCAUGAUGAUCCGAGGCAGACAUCGAGGUCUGCCGUACUCGGUCGAUCGUGCCAUCAUUCUUCCUUCCGACGAGAUGCAUAGAAAGGACGAUGCGGUGACUCGAUCCCACCUACGACGAGGCAGAACGAUGUCUGCUAACUCCAACGAGCUCACAGAGACCAUGGGCCUGCCCUACCCCAUGCGUUCACAUACGAUGAUGAGCUCUGGACCAGGCGCUGGAGGUAAUGAGUCGUACCCUCUUCGGGGCUCCUCUCAUUCUCGGCAGACGUCCAACGUGUCUGACAUUGGUCCUCGGGAUCUCGACCCCAUUGUGCCCUCGUCGCCCAUGCCUUCCGUGGAUGAGGACUACCUCAAGCGGAUGGAGAAGAGAGAGCAGGAGCAGGAGGAUAACAAGCUCAGGGGUGAGUUGUCCGAUAACAAAAAGAAGCUGCACAAGGACGAGCAGGGUAUCGAGAUGGACUCGUAUUUCCCGGAGCUCAAGGGUCCUGGAGGAUUGGACCUCGCGGAUGAUUAG